CUACGUAACAUCAGAAAUAAGAAGCUGUUAUGCCUGUGUGGGAGGACAUCGUUCUCACUGGUUUUAUGGUUUUGAUAGUCACAUGGAAAAGAAACAAAAAUGGCGGACGGAGAAGUAAAAUGCAAAAACGAAGAAAGUAAAGGUGUUUUCCAACCAGUAUCAAUAAGCAGCAUUACAAUAGAAGAUAAUCAAAGUGAUCCCCAAGAAGAUGUUCUACCAUGUUUGUUAUGUGACGAACUGUUUCCUGUUUGUGAGAAUGGAAAAAAAAGUCCUGCGCUUGCUCAUCUUUUGACACAACAUAAACUUGUUAUCGCUGAUGUGGAUAAAAUUGCAAAUUUUACCACUUACAUGAAGUAUUGGAAACAAAAAUUUUCAGAUACAUCAGAUUUAACAGAAUACUGUGUCGUCAUCAAUACAAAUACUGCACCAGAAGAUAAAGCACCACAAGAAAAAUACUUUCUGCUGACAGAUUUCCUUCCUGAAGAUUUUAAACUUCGAAAUAAGUUAAAUACACAAAAAAUAAUGAAAGUACUUGAUGAGCAGCAGGCGGAGCGUGUUGAUCUUGAUUUUUCGAAACGUUGUCUUUUUUGUAAAGUGAUGUUUCACCAAAACAGAGCCAGUAUCUUUAAACACAUGGCAAAAGAUCACAACUUCAAUGUUGGAAACCCUGACAAUAUAGUGCAUGCUGCAGAGUUUAUUGAUCUUAUAAAAAGUAAAUUAGACAGUUUUACUUGCUUGUUUUGUGAAAAACAAUUCAAAGAUUGGAAUAUACUGAAAGAUCAUAUGAGGAAAAAGGGACAUAAAAGAAUUAAUCCAGAGAAUAAGGAGUACGAUAAAUAUUAUUUGAUCAAUUAUUUGGAACCAGGUAAAGAUUGGAAAGAAGUACAGGCUGAACCAGAGUAUGAGAAUGAAGAUCUGGAAGAAGAAACUGAAGAAGAUAGAGAAAAAGAAUGGGAAGACUGGACCGAAGAAAAUAAAAUAUUAACCCUUUGUUUAUUUUGUUCAAAAAGUCAUCCAGAUGUGAAUGAAGUUCUCAAUCACAUGAAAGAAAUUCAUAAUUUUAACCUACAAGAUAUUAAAAGAAAACUUGGUCUAUCUUUUUACCAUCAAGUAAAAAUUGUCAACUACAUAAGAAAGCAGGUGUAUUUGCAGAAAUGUCCGAAAUGUUCAGAAACAUGGAAUGCAAAAAAGAGUUUAGAGUCACACAUGUUAAAAGAAAGUCACUACGGCUUACCAGAUGAUCAAAGUUUGUGGGAUCAACCAGGGUAUUAUUUCCCCACCUUCGAUGAUGAUAAUUUACUGUGUUUUCUUGAAGACGACGAAGAAGAAGUAACAUCAAUGUCAGUGAAAGAAGAUGAAAAUGGAAAUUUAAAAACCUAAAUUUUCGUAUGUUUUAAAGUCAUAAAGAAAUUUCAACGCCUGCGAAGUAAUGUCUUUUUGGGGAACAUUUGUAACUUCGUAGUUAAUGAAUUUAAUAUACAGAUUGAAGAACAGUGAUAUAUAUAAAAAAACGUCAAAGAAACAUUUUUAUACAAUAAAGAUAUAUACAAACAGAACUAUAUAAUAAAAAAAAAUUUAAUUGACGAUUUCGAUAAAGAAAUAACUUUUUUUAUAUCUUAAAUUUUAAGCAAAGACCCGAAAUAAUAUCUCUGAAGGGAGAAAA